UAUCACUGCCCAAAGACCUUAGAUAAAGUGCAAUUCUCCUUCCCUGGCUUGAUAAACAAGUUCAAAAUUCCCCAUUGGAAUCUUCUGCGAUAUCUGAGGUCAGUGGAAGAGCACUACAAUGCCUAUACUCCCUACCACAAUAAAGUCCAUGCUGCCGAUGUUGUUCAAUCCGUCCAUGUGCUCUUACAAGCCCCUGCUCUUGAAUCCGUAUUUACCGACCUCGAAUUGGCUGCAGUGAUAAUUGCCUGUGCAGUCCAUGAUGUUAACCAUCCCGCUGUUACCAAUCAAUACUUGAUCAAUACCAAUGAUGCACUGGCAAUAUUGUACAACGACUCCUCGGUGCUGGAGAAUUACCACUUGGCAGUGGCCUUCAAUUUGCUCACCUUUCCUGGUUGCGAUAUUCUUGUGAAUCUCAAAAAGAGCGUUCGCACCUCUUUCCGACGUAUGAUCAUUGAUAUGGUACUUUCCACGGAUAUGUCGAAACACAUGUCCCUCCUAGCUGACUUGAAAACCAUGGUGGAAACAAAAAAAGUUGCCGGUUCAGGAAUUCUUAAUCUCGAUAACUACACUGAUCGCAUGCAGGUAAUUUUGCAAAACAUGGUUCACUGCGCGGAUCUCUCCAAUACCGCAAAGCCCCUUGAACUCUACACUAAGUGGAUGCAUCGACUCAUGGAGGAAUUUUUCCUUCAGGGUGAUCGUGAACGUGCAGCCGGUCUAGACAUCUCGCCUAUGUGUGAUCGAGAAACCGCCACUAUCGAAAAAUCUCAGGUCAGUUUCAUUGAUUUCAUCUCCCAUCCCCUCUGGGAAACAUGGGCGGACCUGGUGCAUCCUGCAGCUCAAGAUAUUCUAUUACUGUUGGAAUACAAUCGUAAUUAUUACUUUAAUCGCAUUCACGGGGAUGACCAACAACAGUCGCAGGAACAGAACGAAGAUGAAGAACCUGCUGUCAAGAAAUCAGAAUCUUCUCAAGCAUCAUAG